CACGCACUCCUGGUAGCUGCCGAAGCCUUCUUCGCCGCACACGAUCCAGCCAACUGUUCGCCGCUACUCCCCGGAGGCGCUCGCGAUCCAUGGACUCCCGGUCGAUCAACCUGCGGGGCUUCGCCGGAAGCGCAGGGAAAAAUAUCAUGCAGGGAAUCGGGGGAUUCGUUUUCGGCAACGAGACGUCCGAGUCCAGGGAAGACAGCUAUGUCGAGAGAUCCCUCGACCGCAUAAGCAAUGGCACGAUACCCGACGACAGGAGGUCUGCCAUGACCGAGCUGCUGUCCGUCGUGGGGGAGAGCCGUUCGGCGCAGAUGUCGUUCGGGGCUAUGGGCUUUCCUGUCCUUCUCAACGUCUUAAAAGAAGACCGCGAGGAUGUUGAGCUCGUGAGAGGUGCCCUGGAAACCCUUGUGGGCGCGCUGACUCCUAUUGAGGCGUCGCAGGGGCCCAAAACCGAGGUUCAGCCGGCAUCGAUGAACUCUGAUCUGCUUUCUCGGGAAACAGAGAAUAUUUCUCUCCUUUUGAGCCUGCUGACAGAGGAGGAUUUCUAUGUGCGAUAUUAUACAAUCCAACUCUUGACGGCGUUGCUUACAAACUCGUUGAAAAGAUUACAGGAGGCAAUUCUAUUAAUUCCUCGUGGUAUAACAGUUUUAAUGGACAUGCUUAUGGAUCGCGAGGUCAUAAGGAAUGAAGCGCUGUUACUUCUUACUUAUCUGACCCGGGAUGCAGAGGAAAUUCAAAAAAUUGUUGUAUUUGAGGGUGCAUUUGACAAGAUAUUUAGCAUUAUUGCAGAGGAGGGAUAUUCUGAUGGAGGCGUUGUUGUCCAGGAUUGCCUUGAACUUCUAAAUAAUUUAAUUCGGAACAAUGCAUCCAAUCAGAUGCUUUUGAAAGAGACAAUGGGCUUUGACCCAUUAAUAUCGAUACUAAAGAUUAGGAGAGGCAGUGCAUUCAAUUUUACCCAGCAAAAGACAGUAAAUCUUCUUGGCGCUUUACAUACUGUUGAACUGCUUUUGAUGGGGGCCCCACCUGGUGAACCAAGUAAAGAUACUAGCAAGAUCACCAAUCAAACUGCAUUAGCUAAGAAAAAUAUUCUGGACUAUCUUCUGCUGUUGGGCGUUGAAAGUCAGUGGGCCCCUGUAGCUCUUCGCUGUACGGCGUUGCGGUGUAUUGGCAGUUUGGUAUUAAGAAAUCCUCAAAAUCUUGAGUCUCUUGCAAGCAAGCAAGUUGGUGAGGAAUCUCAUCUUCAGCCUGCACUGAAUGCGAUCUUAGUUAUAAUCCUGCGAACCUCCAUAGCACAAGAAUUUGUGGCUGCUGAUUAUGUCUUCAAGUGUUUCUGUGAGAAAAAUCCCAAUGGGCAGGCAUUACUAGCAUCAACUAUCGCUCCUCAUCCAAAUCAAGGUCCUGCUACUCAUGGUGCUUCUAGUGACAUGCCAUUUGGAAGUAUACUUCUGCAAGCUCUGGUGUCAAGUGAUGUUAAUGGGGAUAUGGAGGCAUGCUGCAGAGCGGCUAGUGUUCUUACUCACGUAAUCAAGGACAACUUGCAAUGCAAAGAUCGUGUAUUGCAAAUUCAGCUUGAAACACCUACGCCAUCCUUGGGCCGCACUGAGCCUCUCUUGCAUCGAAUUGUUACGUGUUUAUCCGUUGCAGCUUUGACAGAAGGAGAGAGUGAACAAAGCCAUCAAUCAGAAGAAUCGUAUAUUCAGCCUGUUAUUCUCCGGCUACUCAUCAUAUGGCUUGCGGACUGUGCAAAUGCUGUAGACUACCUUUUGGAAUCAGUAGUACAUCUAAACUACAUAAUCGAGCUUGCUUCAAAUAAACGUUACACUGGUUGCGUUCGUGGAUUAGCUGCUGUUGUUUUAGGUGUUUGCGUCCUUAACAAUGCAAGCCGUGAGAAGGGCCGAGAUGCCUUUGCUGUUGCAGAUGCUAUAAGUGAAAAGAUUGGCCUCACUACAUACUUUAUGAGGUUCGAUGAGUUGAGGAAAAGCUUUCUGCACCUGCCAUCAGGGAAGCAGCACCACAAGCAGCUUUCACGAUCAAGUGCAAACAGUAUGUCUGAUUUCCAAGAGAUUGAAGAGGAGGAAACAAAUAAAGGCGAGCAGCAUCCAGUCCUCUCGGAAAUUUUUGAUUCACAAUUCGUUAGUUUCAUCAGUAAGCUUGAGACUGAUAUUAGAGAGAACAUAAUGGAUCUCUUCAGUCGAACAAAAACCGCAACUGCAGUUCUACCUGCUGAGUUGGAGCAGAAGAAUGGGGAGGUUGAUGGAGAGUAUAUCAAGCGCUUGAAGUCAUUUGUAGAGAGACAGUGCAACGAGAUGCAGGACUUGCUAGGACGAAAUGCAAUCUUAGCAGAAGAUCUAGUGAGAACUGGUGGUGGUAGCACUUCAGAUUCUUCCGAGAGAUCAAGCAGUGGCCGAGAAAGGGUUCAAAUUGAAGCCCUGAGACAAGAACUGGAGGGCGCAACACGACGAAAUGAGGUGCUCAAAACUGAAAAGGCUCAGAUUGAAGCCGAAGCUACCAACCAACGAAAUAUAGCAGUAAAACUGGAGUCUGACCUCAAGAGCUUGGCAGUUGCUUACAACAGUCUGGAGCAGGCCAACUACCGCCUCGAUGCUGAGUUGAAAACCUUGAAGCAGGGAGGCAGUGCACCCUAUCCGGACAUGGAGGCAAUAAAAGCGCAAGCGAAGGAAGAGGCAGAGAAGGAAAGUGAGGUGGAACUGAACGAUCUGCUCGUCUGCCUGGGCCAGGAGCAAACUAAGGUUGAGAAGCUGAGUGGAAGGCUUGCAGAGCUCGGUGAAGACGUGGACACCCUGCUGCAAGGUAUUGGCGACGAUGCUGCCUUGCCAGAUGAUGACGACGAUGAUGAGGAGGAAGAUGACGACGAUGAGAAGUGAUGUGUUUCUGUAUCACCUUGGUCUCAUGGUGUAACCUCGCAUCAUUUAUUCAAUCAUGAUGUUGUGGACCAGUGAUAACAAUUGUACAGUGGAAUGUGGAUGAUGUGUAGACAAUGGUGGCCAUUUCAUUUCUAAUUUAUUUGUGGAUGAUGACU